GGGCUCCCGUCGCCAUUUAGCGCGGAGACGUCCCCGGGGCGGCCGCGGCGGCUCCCGCUCCCUCCUCCCCGCCGCGGCGCGGGGCGCCACCCGGACUCGGCUCACCUGUGGCGGUGGCGGGCGGCCCCCGGUGAGGAGAGGCUGCGAGCCGCGGGCGGGGGGCAGGAGGAGGGUUUCCGGCUCCGUGCGAGGCGGCGGCGGCCGCUGUUGGAGAGGAGCGCGGCCCGGCCCGGCCCGGCCGCGCGCGGGCGGUGGCUGCCUGCCGGGAGGUGGAGGCCGCGGCCGCCAUGGGCGCCCCUGUGAGGCGGGGCUGAGCCCCCGGGCCCCCUUUCCUUGCCCCCUCAGCGGGGUGAGAGCGCUGGGGCCUGCCCAGGCCUCCCCCGCCCGGUGCGAGUGACUGAGCGCGGCAGCUUCCUCCGCGGCCGGCGUGCGGGGCCUGCCCCCCUCGCCCUACCUCGCCUCCCGGCUCCUUCCCUUCCCCUCCCUGCCGGCCCUCGCUCCGGGGGGCACCCGGACCUGCCCCGCUUUCUCUCCAUCGCCGGGGAAUAAUUGCAGCGCGCUCCCCUCGCCUUAAAGCAGCCGGGCGAGGCACCGGCUUCUCCCCAGUCGGGGGCCUGCCUCGGGGCGCUUCCCUCCCCGGCCGGGCCCGGUGCUCGCGUUUUUCCGCCCCUCGCCGUCCCCAUCCCCGCGCCCCGUCUCCGCUCCUGGUGCUCCAUGUCGGCCCCGCUGCCCGGCUCCUUGCUGCAGGAUGGAUGCAGACACUGACCGGGGACCCACCCCGCCGGCCCAGCCUCCCCAGCAGCCGCCUCCCAGCUCCGCCGUAAGGAGCCCUUGGGACCCUCCUCUGUUGCAGCUGCAACGGCAGCCGCGGACAGGCGCGCUCCCCGCUCAGUGACCGGCCCCUUCCCUCGCCUCCCCCCCCAUCCCCCGCCGCCGCCACCUCGCCCUAGCAGCGCUCCGCCGGGGCAUGAUGUCGGGGGGCGCCGCAGACAGCGGCACCCCGGCCCCUCGCUUCCUGGCUCCCCCGCCGCCGCCGCCGAAGAACGGUUCCAGCUCGGACAGCUCCAUCGGGGAGAAGCUGGGAGCCGCCGCCGUCGCCGACCACGGAGCCUCCGGGACCGGUGGAGCAGGCGGCGGAGCAGGGAGCGGAGGCCGUAGCGAGGAGUACCGGCGCCGCCGCCAUACGAUGGACAAGGACAGCCGAGGGGCGGCAGCCACAGAGCACCGCUUCUUCCGCCGUAGCGUGAUCUGCGACUCCAACGCUACGGCCUUGGAGCUACCCAGUCUGCAGCCCGCAGCGCCCUCGGCCCCUGUCUCGGGAGGCAGCGCCGCUCCCCUGGUCUCUCCUCCCGAGUGUGCCAGCCGGACCUCUUGCAUCGCUGUCAGCGCCGCCCAGGCUCCCUCGCUGCUGCAGCAGCCGCCGCCGCCUGCCCCGCUUCCCCUCGAAGGACAGUCUGCUCAGGAGCCCCCUGCCGCGAAGGAUGCCGCCCCGCUGCUGCCCAAGGAGGAGGAGGACGAGACAACCGCGCUACCCCCCACCAGUGCCGCUGGCAGCGCGUCAACUGCCAGCCGGGAAUUUGAGGAGCGGAGAACACAGCAGGAGGACAUCGAAGAGCUUGAGACGAAGGCAGUGGGCAUCUCCCCGGAUGGCCGCUUCCUGAAGUUUGACAUCGAGAUUGGAAGAGGCUCUUUCAAAACUGUGUAUAAAGGACUGGAUACGGAUACCACUGUGGAAGUCGCGUGGUGCGAGCUGCAGGAUCGGAAGCUGUCCAAGUCAGAGCGACAAAGAUUUAAAGAGGAAGCUGGGAUGCUGAAAGGGCUUCAGCAUCCCAAUAUUGUCAGGUUCUAUGAUUCCUGGGAGUCUACAGUCAAAGGAAAAAAGUGUAUUGUUCUUGUGACGGAACUCAUGACAUCUGGAACAUUGAAAACGUAUUUGAAAAGAUUUAAAGUGAUGAAAAUUAAAGUACUACGAAGCUGGUGCCGUCAGAUACUGAAAGGCUUACAAUUUCUACACACGCGCACUCCUCCCAUUAUUCAUAGAGACUUAAAAUGUGACAACAUCUUCAUUACUGGCCCCACUGGAUCAGUCAAGAUUGGAGACCUCGGUCUGGCAACCCUGAAAAGAGCUUCUUUUGCCAAAAGUGUGAUAGGUACCCCAGAGUUCAUGGCCCCCGAGAUGUAUGAGGAGAAAUAUGAUGAAUCCGUUGAUGUAUAUGCUUUUGGGAUGUGUAUGCUAGAGAUGGCUACGUCUGAGUAUCCUUAUUCUGAGUGCCAAAAUGCUGCGCAGAUCUACCGUCGAGUGACCAGUGGUGUCAAGCCAGCCAGCUUUGAUAAAGUAGCAAUCCCUGAAGUGAAGGAGAUUAUUGAGGGAUGCAUUCGGCAAAACAAAGGCGAAAGAUAUGCUAUUAAGGACCUUUUGAAUCAUGCUUUCUUCCAAGAAGAGACUGGAGUACGGGUAGAACUAGCAGAGGAAGAUGAUGGAGAAAAAAUUGCCAUUAAACUCUGGCUGCGAAUUGAAGACAUCAAAAAACUCAAGGGCAAAUAUAAAGAUAAUGAGGCAAUAGAGUUUUCCUUUGACUUGGAGAGAGAUGUCCCAGAGGAUGUGGCACAGGAAAUGGUGGAAUCUGGCUAUGUCUGUGAAGGGGAUCACAAGACAAUGGCGAAAGCUAUCAAGGACAGGGUAUCUUUGAUAAAGCGAAAGCGAGAGCAGCGUCAGUUGGUGCGAGAAGAACAGGAGAAGAAGCUUCAGGAAGAAGGUAGUCAGAAGCAGCAGCUGGAGCAACAGCAACCAUCAAGUGCUUCCCAUGCAGGGUCAAAGCAUCCCCUAUCUGUCACUGGUACUACUCCUGUCCCCACUACUUCAGCAUCUGUUUCUACACAAGUGGAGCCUGAAGAACCAGAAGCUGAUCAACACCAACAACUGCAGUUCCAGCAACCCAGUAUAUCUAUUCUUUCUGAUGGGACAGUUGACAGUGGCCAGGGGUCAUCUGUUUAUACCGAAUCAUGUGUGAGCAGUCAACAGACUGUGUCGUAUGGUUCCCAGCAUGACCAGUCAAUCUCAACACCUGCAGUCCAGGGAUAUGGAGCUUCAGUUGGCCAAGUGCAGUCACAGCAGCAUGGAGGAUAUCAGCCACCUGCAGCGCCUCAACGUGGUCGUAGCAUGUCAGUUUGUGUCCCCCACCUUCCUGCUCUUCCCUCUAUGUCCUGCAUCCCUCUCAGUGCUCCUUGCACCCCACCACCAGCGUUGUCUGCACCUCUCUCUCCUUUCUACCUUCGGACUGUCCCUGAAGAAACCUUUGCAGAAAAGCUUUCUAAAGCCCUGGAAAGUGUCCUGCCCAUGCACUCUGCCUCUCCACGCAAGCAUCGACGCUCCAGCCUGCCCUCCCUCUCUGUCAGUCCUCCUCAGCAUCCGCGUGGGGGAACACCAACGUUCCCAGAUUCCCAGAUAUUUUUCCCAACCGUUCAUGAACGGCCGGUGUCUUUCUCGCCACCACCUGUCUGCCCGCCGAAGGUGGCAGUUGCUCAGCGGCGCAAGAGCACUUCAUUUUUGGAAGCCCAAACUUGCCACUUGCAGCCAUUGCUGAAGACUGGCCAGAGUUUAGUUCCACCUGGUGGUAGUCCCACCAAUUGGACACCAGAGGCAUUCGUUAUGCUGGGCACAGCAGCUCAGAGAGUCGCUGGAGAGCCUCUGCAUGUGCAAGUUAAUCCCGUGUUUGAGCCAGCUCCUGUCCACAGUGACUAUAGAUCUGGACCAACACCUCCAGAGGAUGCUCACUACAGAAUGCAUCCAGAAGCUGUAUAUUUGGUGGGCAUGCACUAUCCAUCACAGACACAGGUGCAAGGCCAGUCAGCCUCAAGCAGUGCAUCAGUGCCAUCCCAGCCCACCCAACACACUCAGCAGAAUGCACAGCAGCCAGCCUCUUCCCAACAGCCUGGACAAUACCAGCUGCAGCAGUCGUCAGUUUCUGCUGGCGCCACUCCCACACAAACUGUCUCUCAAACUCAAACUUCACAGAUUAUGCCAAUGCCUCAGGCAGCAGCUGGGACACAGCUUCCUGUUUCCCAACCAGUGUCGAUCAUCCAAGGCGAGCCUCAAUUACCUGUUGCAGCACCUUCUCUCCCUCAGCCUUCAGUUGCCCCAUCAGUCCCCAUUGGCUCUCAUUUUCUACCCAUGGGACAGCCCUUGCCAACUUCCAUGGUUCCCCAGUUCUCAGUCUCUCAGUUGCCCGUAGCAGCUCCUCAUGUGUCAGUGUCUCAGCCAGGUUUCCAGUCACUGCCCAUUUCAAUGGCAGCUGGCAUGAAUCAGCCAUUGCUCACGCUGGCAACGUCUGCUGCGGCAACCGCUGUCCCUGUAGGAUCAACUGUUGUCCCUAGCCAGCUUCCCACACUGAUGCAGCCUGUGGCUCAGUUGCCCAGCCAGGUUCUCCCGCAGCUCCUACAGCCGGCUGUCCAGUCCGUGGGAUUGCCGGUCAGCAUUGGACAAGCUGCUGAAGCUUCACUUCCUGCUGGAGAUGCUCUUUACCAGGGCUUCCCAUCUCGGCUGCCGCCUCAGUACCCAGGGGACUCGAAUGUUGCAUCUUCCUCUGCUGUGGCCUCUGUUAGCAUUCCUUCUGCUGUGCUGUCCCCUCCCUUACCCACAGAUGCAAUGGCUCAGCCAGGCUAUCUUGCUCCUGUUGUGCAGCCGUAUGUGGAGCAGAACGUUUUAGUCCCCAUGGGCAGCCUAGGAGGACAGGUUCAAGUGCCCCAGCCUACAGUGAGUUUAGCACAACAGGCUUCAUCUGCCUCCUCGCAGCAAGCAGUGUUGGAGGGUACUCAGGGAGUCUCGCAGACUGCUCCUUCAGAGACCCUUCCAGCAACACAGCCUGCUCAGUCUACCCCUUUGGCUUCCUCUAUGGAUAGUGCACAUUCUGAUGUUGCUUCAGGAUUGAGUGAUGGCAAUGAGAAUGUUCCAGCUUCUAGCGGAAGGCAUGAAGGGAGGACUACUAAACGUCAUAUGCGCAGAUCUGUCCGCAGUCGCUCUCGCCAUGAGAAGACUGCUAGGCCGAAACUGAGAAUUCUAAAUGUUUCAAAUAAAGGUGAUCGGGUAGUGGAAUGCCAGCUAGAGACACACAAUCGGAAAAUGGUUACUUUCAAAUUUGAUUUGGAUGGUGACAAUCCUGAGGAAAUAGCUUCAAUUAUGGUGCAGAAUGAGUUUAUUUUAGCAACCGAGAGAGACUCAUUCGUAGAACAGGUACGAGAGAUUAUUGAGAAAGCAGAUGAAAUGCUAAGUGAGGAUGUAAGUGUGGAGCCAGAAGGUGAUCAGGGUUUGGAGAGUAUGCGGACAAAAGAUGAUGGCUUCUUUCCAGGAUCGCAGAAAUUAGAGUUCAAACAGCCAGAUCCUACAUCUUCCAUGCCACAAAGAAUAGGGGUUCCUCCUAGCUCCUUUACCCAGGUUGUCCAUUCUGCAGGAAGACGGUUUAUUGUCAGCCCUGUCCCUGAGAGUCGGUUAAAAGAACAGGGCUUUUUCACAUCUGCUGUUCCUGGAGGAAAAGAAACUCCGGAUAUGGUUGCUGCAUCUCCACUGCAUGGUCCUGGAAUGAAUCUCUCCCACUCGGCAUCAUCACUGAGCUUGCAGCAAGCUUUCUCUGAGAUGGGGCAUGCUCAAAUGACAGAAGGACCUAGUACAGCUCCUCCAGUGUUCAACCAAACAAUACCCCCAUUUCCACCUGCACUUUCUACCAUGGCGGGCAGCAGUGCACCUCCUGUGUCUGUGGCUGCUUCUUCAAUAUCUGUUCCCUCCAGCACAGGUGUUUCUCUUCCAGGAUCUGUUACUUUGCCUGCAGAAAGUGCAACGGUUGGAGUUGCACCAAGUGCAAGUGUGCCAAGCUCUGUUUCUCCACCUCCAGCCUCACAAUCUGGACAACAAUCGACAGGUGUCUCUUCCAGUGUGAGCGCCCCUGCUUCUUUCUCCUUACCUACCACAUCCCAGCCUGCUCAGCCAGUAACUGGAGACAUUGCCUCCGGUAUCAGCACACCAUCGUCUUUGGCACUGCCAUCUACCCAGGUUCCUGGUGUCACUGGUCUUGGUGUCGGCGCACCAGCUGUGACAUCUCAGUCUACUCCUCAGAUUGUAAGUAGUAUGGCAGCACCACAGACAUCUGUUGCUCUGUCUCUGGCUCAGAAUGUGGCUUUACAGCUUCCUCAGCUUAGUAGCAGUGGCUCUGUCUCCAGUCUGGCAGAAACAACAGUUGUAAGUGCUCCACAGUCACUACCUGAGAGUGGGCAGUCUAUGGAUAAAUCACAGCUCUGCAAUGCAGCUGGCUUAUCUCUUCCAAUCUCUGCACCUUUAUCAUCCUCAGUAGCAACAAGUGUAUGUGGUUCAGUCACUCAGCCAGUGAUACAUCCCUUACUUGUCCCAUCAGGAAUUACAUCAACACCUGUCCUACCCCAGAUACCAGGUGGAACACCCAUGUUGCCCCAAGUUCCCUUACCUGGUGUCUUACCACAACCAGUCACUAACUUGCCUGCAGUACAGCAAACUUUGAUACACAGCCAGCCUCAACCAGCUCCGUUACCCAAUCAGCCUCAUAUUCACUGUCUGGAAGCUGAUGCUGAUGCUCAGUCUAAAGCUCCUGGUAUUGAUGAUAUAAAGACCCUGGAAGAAAAGCUACGGUCUCUCUUCAGUGAACAUGGUAACGUGGGAACAGUGCAUCCAUCAGUAUCUCUGGAAACAUCAUUGGUAAUGGAAACUACAGUUAUUCCUGGGAUACCAACCACUGUUGUUGCACCAACGAAACCCCUGACAUCCAUUAGCACUUGUAUACCUCCAAGCAGUUUGCCUCUUGGACCAACUGGCUUGCCAGUACUGACGCCAGUUGCCACUCCUGGGCAAGUGAUCACCCCAGUCAGCUAUAUUUCGGCAUCAAGCAGCAUUGCAACAGCAGUAGUGAAACCAGGGACCUCUCCUUCAAAGCCCCCUCUUAGCAGGGUACCGGUGCUACCAGUAGGUUCUGAACUUCCAGCUGGCACUCCAUCCAGUGAGCCGCUGCCACCUUUUCCAGGACCUUCACUAACUCAGUCCCAACAGCCACUGGAAGAUCUGGAUGCUAAGCUGAGAAGAACCCUUAGUCCAGAGACUGUUCCAGUGACAUCUGCUCCUGCCUGUUCUGUGCCCUCAGUAGCAUCUACAACGGUUACCGGGCUGGUGUCCACAGCAACGCAGUCUCUGAAGGAUGCUUCAGCAUCCUGUGGUGGAGAGAGCAGUGCUACAGCUACCACAGCAGGAGCAGGUGUUCUUAAAAUGGGACGGUUUCAGGUAUCCGUGGCAGUGGAUGAUGUGCUAAAAGAGGGUGACAAACCUGAAACUAAGCCGGUGCAAUUUGAAACCACCUCCACUGAUUCUUCAUCUCUUUCUGGCAGUAGCCCAGAGAGUACACUGGUAAAGCAGGCUGGCAGUCGGAAAAGCGAGGCUGUCGCUGACUCUUCCUUGGAUGUGGUAGAUGGCAUUCCUCAGACAGUUCCUGUGCUGCAAUUACCAGUAGAUGUUGGUCAGCCUACUAAGGUUGGGCGCUUUCAGGUAACAACAACAACGGAUCAAGUGGGGCGCUUUUCGGUGUUAAAGACUCAGGAUGAGGUCAGCUGUGCAGAGAAGGAGCCAAUGACUCUUCCUCUCCCUGUGGGCUUGGAACAAGUUGCUUCUUCAGCUGCAGCUCCGAAGAAAGAGUUGGAGUCAAGGCAGUCCCCACACAUGAAUGGUCCGUCCUCUGAACCGGAGGCUGCUUUCUUAAGCGGGUUGGCUAAGGAUUUGGAUGAUGGCUCGGGGAGCCCAGACUCUCUCCAGCCCCUGGGGUCGAAGAUCAGCCUCCCUGUUCAGAGCCUUAGCAACUCAUUCAACUCUUCCUACAUGAGCAGUGACAAUGAGUCGGAUAUUGAAGAUGAAGACUUGAAAUUGGAACUCCGUCGGUUACGAGAGAAGCACCUUAAAGAGAUCCAGGAGCUGCAGAGUCGUCAGAAGCAGGAGAUUGAGUCACUAUACAUGAAAUUGGGAAAGGCCCCACCUGCAGUAAUUAUUCCCCCAGCUGCACCCCUUUCAGGAAGGAGGAGACGACCUACUAAAGGAAAAGGCAGCAAGUCCAGUCGUAGCAGCUCCCAGGGAAACAAAAGCCCUCAACUAUCAGGCAAUCUGUCAGCUCAAAGUGCACCAUCAGUCUUGCCCCCACAGCAGACUCUUCAUCCCCCUGGUAGUGUGCCAGAGACUGGGCAGAACCAUUUGUUACAGCCCCUCAAACCUUCACCUUCUAGCGAAAAUCUCUACUCUGCCUUUACCAGUGAUGGUGCCCUUUCGGUACCAAGCCUUUCGGCACCAGGCCAAGGGACCAGCAGCACUAACACAGUCGGGGCUACAGUGAACAGCCAAGCACCCCAGUCUCAGCCUACUGCUAUUGCCUCAAGCCGGAAAGGGACUUUCACAGAUGACCUGCACAAGCUGGUAGAUAACUGGGCCCGAGAUGCCAUGAACCUGUCUGGCAAGAAAGUUGGCAAAGGGCAUAGCAACUAUGAGGGUCCUGGAAUGGCAAGAAAAUUCUCGGCACCAGGUCAGCUCUGUAUCUCUAUGACAUCUUCCCUGGGUGCUACGCCCAUCUCUGCAGCAUCAGCUACCUCUUUAGGUCCCUUCACAAAGGCUAUGUGCCCUCCGCAGCAGUACGGUUAUCCAGCAGCGUCUUUUGCUGCUCCGUGGAGUGGGACGGGUGGUCCAGCACAGCCACCGCUCGGCCAGUUCCAGCCCGUAGGUGCCGCAUCUUUGCAAAGCUUCAACAUCAGCAAUUUGCAAAAAUCGAUCAGCAACCCUCCAGGCUCCAACCUGCGGACCACUUAGCCGUGCUCAGAGACCGUGCUGGCUAGACCUUGGGACAGGACAUGGGGAGGGAGAUGGGGCCCUGUAUCAACUACUAGUGCUGCAAUGAACUGGUAGCUUGCCAGACUGGGAAUGAAUUUCUCUUUUCCAACCAUUGCUGUCAACUCUCUGUAAAGGGAGUUUCCCUGCACACUUUCAAGGGGGAGGAGGAUGAUCAGCAUCCUUAUGAUGGGACAGUGCUUUUGACCAAGGGGUUCUGCUCUUGCAUGGAACAAGAGCUGUGAAGAGAAGUCAUAGGGUCAGAUAAUGCAGUCUUGCUGUAAAAUUUCUAGUUUGAGGCUGAAUCCACACGUGUUGAGGUGGGAGAGCUGAAUCCUAGCAUGAGGCUUUAGCACGCUUCUCAUCUCUCCCUGAAGAACCAAGACCAGGAGAAAAGCUGUCCAAAUCCCCCUCCUCUCCCUCUCCCCAGUCAAGCGUAUCUGGCUCCAAAGUGAUGGGGCACACGAAUGGACUUGCAGUGCAGCCCGUGCUUGAUAGGUCAUUACUGCUUUAAGUAAGAUAUUAACAGCUUUGACUGCAGCAUUAGAGCAAUUUAAAUUGUUUAAAAAUUUUUAAAAGUUCCCUGCGGACAUGUACUUACCAUCAGUUUUGAUGUGGAAACACUGUGAUAUAUAAAUGUUGUUGGACAACAGUAGUUUAAAAAUGAGUGGAAUAUAGAGGGUUAAAAAAGUUAAAAAGAAAAAAAUGGGAAAAAAAGCUAGCUAUAUCCUUAUACUUAUUGGAGACACUUUAACUUUUUCCUUUGUAUUUUCAUUGUAUUAGAUAAAUAAAUGUGAAUGUAAAAUUGUAUAAAUUAAUGUACUUGAAUACUUGUCUGUUCUCCCAGUAUGCUUGCUGGAUAUUUUAGUGCCUUGGACUUCUAUUGCUUCUGCAGUUAGCAUCAUCUUCCCAGCAGACCCCCAGGUGGACAGAGGGCAAGUUCAGAGAAGGAUGGAUUAUUUGUACCUAGUGACUGGGACAUUGGAGUUUAUUUAGUGAUACCGUUACUGUUUAGAAGUAGGUGUAUGGAGGGGGAAGUCAUUGAGGCAGCGGGUUGGAACAGCGUUCUGUGUGUUGGGGAAACUUGUCCAGGCGGGCAGAUCUGAAGUUGCUGGUGUGACAGGGGCCAGGUGGGGGUGGGAUGGAGGGUUGUGGGUGAAGCUAAAACGAGACUAACCAAUAUUGUCUACGGAGGUGGGAGGUCUGGAUCAGAAACGGAGAGAGGAUGGGGAGAACGUGUAUCUUUGGGAAAGGCCCAACUUAAGAUGCAGUUUGACUCCACCUGCAAAGUGGUAAAGAUGUUUGGUCAGGAUGUGACUUGAGGGAGAGGUGCCAUUGCUCGUUGGCAUGGGCUUGUCUGCUGGGAUUGCUUUUCUUACCUUUUUUUUGGUAAAAUCCAUUUAAGCCAGGAAUAGACUGUCCUGGUGCAACGUCCAUUGCCGGCAAUGGAUGUACUUGAAACAGCCGGCAUCAAGAAGUUUCCUCUGUCUUACUUGGAGGAUUUACGAUUUUGUUCGCUCUAACAAAUUUCAAGCUGGUACCAGGACUGUAACUAUUUGUCACCUCUUAGUAACUGUACUGUACCUUCUGCUUUGGUCAUUCUCCCUUCUCAUAUUUAGAAAAUACUGGUUUCCUCCUCAAAGUAAAAAUAAUACCAGCCAGUAUUUAUGUAGUGCUGCAAAAAGCUGUGAAGGAUGAGGGCACUGCUUCCUGGUCCUUGGGAGUAGCUGACGGGUGUCCUGGAGGCUGGCGCAUCACGGAGAUGUUACUUGCCUGAAUUUUUUUCUAGGAGCGGUGUUCCCCCAGGGAGUUUUUCUGUCUGCGGAUGUUCUCACUCUUUUAUUUUUACAGAGAAACGCGCAAGAUCAGUUCCUUUCCUGUCAUUUUUUUUUUACAGCAGUUUUGGCAGCAAGGGCAGGUACGGGCUGGAGAUGAACGCCUGAGGGCGAAAGCUAGUGGCGAGGUGGCUGGGCUCGAGUCCCUGAGAUUUGGGGGUUUAUUCUUUGUAACUGAAGUGCAGACUAGAGCUACAGAAUGAGGGAGGAGGCUCAUGGUGUGCGUGUGGUGGAAGAGGGGGCAGAAAGCAGGGGUCCCGGCGGCUGAAGUGAAACCGGGAACCUCUGCUCUUCCCUCUGAAUGGAUGCAGAGAAGUUUCCUGAACACGCCCAGUGCGAGGGGAGAGGUGUGCUCUGGAAACAGCAGUGACAAACCUGAGGCAGUCAUGAAACAAGGGGAAUAUUCAUGGCAGGGGAACCAAUCGGCUGGAUGCAGCACGUGGUUAUUUGAUUUUGAUCUAAUACGUUUGAGGUCGUUUCUUCACUUAAAUGUUAUGCAAGAACUGGUUUUAUUUACCAUUGAUUUCCGCCCCCCCCUCCCCCCCCGCCUCCUGUGGAUGAAUAACUGAAGUCUAGAGGAAUAAACUAAUGCUACUGAACUGUUAAAUUAUUUUGUUUAAUAUUACACUUUGAGUAUCUUUUUCCACAUAAAAUCUGUUUCUGAAUUACAACCGUUUUCUUUACAUUAUUUAACAAUGUACACUGUAAAAAAUAAAAAUAAAAAAAAUAAAAUGAAUUGAAACUUUGGGCUUCCCUGGCCGUAGUUAGUUGUAUGUUUUGCACUAAACCCAGGCACUGCGCUUCUUGUACGAUUGCGCUUUGUGCUGCAAUUUGUUACCUUUGUAGAAUAUUUAAUGAAGUCAUUCAAAUAAACCAAACCUGCUUUUGUUGA